GAGAAAGUCAUUGAAAAAGCAUUUAUAAUAUUUUGAUUGCAAUUAAAAAAAGUGACUUUCAAUUAAUUUUCUGUUUAAUUAUCUGAUUUGAUGGUCAACUAACUGAUCAACUAAUAUGUCGCUGAUAUCUGCAGCUACACUACUGACCAUAACAUUGCCGAUUGCACUCAUCUUGUGGUUUAUAUCACUCAUCUACUCUUCAAAUGAGAUCAGUGGUCCGACACCAAUCAGAUGUAUUGUUUCAAUUGUCUUACCAUUUAUUAUAUCCUUCAGUGGAUUUUAUAAGAAUAGUUUGUCUUUCACUGGCGCUGUAUUAGCCUUAAUCAUUGGAUUUAUCAUAUCAUUAAGUAACUCAUGUUUUACGGCUUCAUUGCUGACAUUCUUCAUUACAUCAUCGGUGGCCACUAAAUAUAAAAAUGAAAUAAAACGUCAAUUGGAAGAUGAUUUCAAAGAAGGUGGUCAAAGAAAUUGGGUUCAAGUGAUAUCCAAUGGAGUGGUGGCCGCGGAGUUGGCUUUCUUUUAUUACUUGGAGACCGGAAGCGCUGAAAUACCAAUUGAUUUUAUAGCGGAUUAUAACCUUUCCUGGUUAUCAAUCGGUGUUUUAGGAUCUCUGUGCUGUGCCAAUGGUGAUACCUGGGCUUCAGAAUUGGGAUCUGUACUAUCAAAUGGCAAUCCAUAUUUGAUAACAACUUUAAGAAGUGUUCCUAAAGGGACUAAUGGAGGGGUUUCUCUAAUUGGACUAAUUGUCAGUGCUUUGGGAGGACUUGUAGUCUCAAUAAGUUUUAUGUUAACAAAUAUGAUAUGUCGUAUAUGUUAUGGUGAUAGUGAACAGUAUGCCUCUAGUCCUGAACAGUGGCCACUACUUCUUGUUGGACUAUUUGCCGGACUUUUUGGUUCAAUAAUUGAUUCAUUAUUAGGCGCUACUCUUCAAUACUCUGGGUUUAACACCAAAAAUAAAAAGAUAGUCCAGAGGAAGGGUCCCGACGUUAAGCAUAUCUGCGGAAAGGCAUUACUGGACAAUCAUUCAGUGAAUUUGUUGUCAAACUUUAUUACAGCAUUUGUUUCACCAUAUUUUGCAUUUUAUUUAUGGAGUUAUUAUUAUGAAGACAUUGAUCUCUAA